CGGCGCCCCGGCUGGCAGAGCAUCCGGCGUGUGGCAGAGGCAGAGAAGCGGAGGAAGGAGUGGCGCUGGUUCUCUCCUAGGCCCAGGCCCCCGCUCCGCCCGGCGCCAUGGCGAUGCAAGCGGCCAAGCGGGCCAACAUUCGGCUGCCUCCGGAAGUGAAUCGGAUUUUGUACAUCAGAAACUUGCCAUACAAAAUCACCGCUGAGGAAAUGUAUGAUAUCUUCGGAAAAUAUGGGCCCAUUCGACAGAUCAGAGUUGGAAACACUCCGGAGACUAGAGGAACAGCAUAUGUAGUCUAUGAAGACAUCUUUGAUGCCAAGAAUGCUUGUGAUCACCUGUCAGGUUUCAAUGUGUGCAACAGAUACCUUGUUGUCCUGUACUACAAUGCAAACAGGGCCUUCCAGAAGAUGGAUACAAAGAAGAAAGAGGAACAGCUCAAACUGCUCAAGGAAAAAUAUGGAAUCAACACAGAUCCACCCAAAUAACAUGGGGCAGUUCUGGAAAGAUGAUUAUUUCAAAUCUGUCACCAUCUUCGGACUGAACCUCAUAAGGACCCUUAAGUGCAUUUUGUAUUGCUUUUUAUGCUGGGUGCAUAAACUAUUGAAUCUUAAGCUUUGUUAAUUUACAACUGAAACAUCCUAAAUAAAUGCCAACUAUCCUAUGA